AAAACUAUAAUGGUAUUUAUGUUAUCAGACAUAUUCAGUUGGUGAGACAGUUUUGGCCAUGUGGCACAAGACGAAAUAUUUAGCGACUAUUUUAAGAGUUUUCGACAAUGGAGAUGUUUCUCUCAAGUACAUUGACGACGAGGUUGUAAAAACUGUCAACCGAAAAUCAAUCUUUAAAUAUGAGGAAAAAGUUGCUCAAACAGAGGAAACUCCAGAUCAGUCUGAGGAACCUACUCCGGAACAAUCCAAGGAACCUUCCUUGGAACCUUCCCCGGAACAAUCCAAGGAACCAUUCUUGGAACCAACUGAAGAAUCUACUAGAGACCCUACACCGGAACCUGCCAAAGUUCCUUCACCAGAACCAGUAAAAGAACCAUCACCGGAGCCGAUGCGAGACCUAACACCUGAACCAGUAAGGGAACCAAUCCCGGAACCCCCUAGAGAACCAACUAAGGAACCUACUCCCGAACCUGCAAGGGAACCUACACCGGAACCAGCAAGGGAACCAACUCCGGAACCAGCAAGGGAACCAACCCCUGAACCUGUCAAGGAACCAACCCCUGAACCUGCCAAGGAACCUUCUCCCGAACCCAUGGAGGAAGAAAUUUAUUCUGUCCCAGUUGGAAUGGUUGAAGAAGCAGUUAAUUAUGAAAUUAUUCUAACAGUGGAUGAGUUAAACGCUCUUGUUUAUUCUGACGUCCCUCAGAUCCCUCAACCUGAAAUCCAUGAGAUCCCUCAACAGAGACCCUCCGUCAUCCAGAGAGUCCCGGGGAAGGUUGAGAAAUCAGAAAAGAAACACAAGAAAGGUUUUCUGAUGUGCGGUAUAUGCCAUGAAAGGUUCAGUCACAUCGAGCGCCAUGUCUUGAGAAACCAUACAGAUGAACCUUUCAUUCAGGAAAUGGUGAAACUUCCUAAACUUAAAUACGAUAAAGCGUGGAAAUCAUUAAAAGAAAACUGGCAGUACAAUGGUUCAGCAGAUGAGAGUAAAGUCAAAUGCCAUUGUGGAGUUGCUGUGAAGAAAAGUUGCUUAAAACAACACUUAGCCAAGUAUUGCACAGAAAAUCCUACAGACAUAAAAGCGGUAUUUGUGAACCUCACAAGAAGUGAUAAUGCAUGUGUAUUCCCUGAUAAGAUUAAAAAACUCUUCAAUGGGAAAAUCAGAGAUGACAUCUGGAAAUGUGGGUCAAGCGACCCAACAAUCUUAGAAUGUGUGAGAAUCGAGCUGGACUCCUGUAGAGAUAUUGAUGAGAAGAGAGUGAUGGGGAAAUUUAGAAAUUUAGCCAGAUUCCUGCACUGCUUUCAAAUCCUUACAUCAAAUGAGAACACUGCUCUUGACAUGCUGGACAUGAAACACUAUUCUCUGCUGAAAUUAAUGGGGCAAGGAAAAACAAGUGCCCCAUUGGAUGCAAAGAAAGCGUGGAAGACUCUCCCAGCUGCUAUGAGCUGCUUGUCAGCAGUGGCUCUUAAAACCUUAAGAGAGGCAAACGGUAGUCUGAAAAUGAUAAAACGGAUAGAGACCUUUUCGGAUCACAUUAGGAAAUGGUGGUACAAGGAUGUUAAGAAAAGAUUUAAAAGAGAACUCCAGAUGGAAAGGUUUAAUAAAGGAUCCUCUGCUCCAAAGAAGUCUGUGAUUGUGACGGUCACUAAUGCCCUCAGAGGUAUGAUGGUGAAGUAUACAAAAGAAUAUGAGGAAACACAGUCCAUGACUUCGCAUAUUUAUCUGACCAGUUCUCUUCAACAAUAUUUGACAAUGCAGUCAGGGAGAAGAGGCAACGAUGUGGCUGCACUUACUUGGGAUCAAUUUGAAAAGGCCAAGAAAGCUGCACUAGAGUUUGACAAAGAUGAUGUCCUUUGGGAUGUUCUUUUCCGAGAUGACCCAGAAGCAGAAGAAGUAUCCAAAAAAUUUUGGAAUAUCUUGGUCCCUGGAAAGAACUGUGAUCCAAAUCAGGUCUUCGUAGGAGAAUUAGAAACACGGGCGUUCAAAGCUCUCUACAAACUAAGAAAACCAGAUGCCAUAGCCAACAACCCAUACAUGUUCGCAGUAUCCAAAACAAACAAAUUCAGGGAAACCACUGUUGCCAAAUGCAUUUGCCAGGCCCAUCUGAAGAUAAAGAUUCUAUUGACAAAGAUACUGAUCAGUCAAAUACUGAUGAAGAGGGAGUAAAUGAAGAUUUUCUGG